AUGGAGCAGAGGAUGGGGCCAUUUGGGGAUGAUAUUAGAGAGCUUGAAGCCACCCCAGUCACUAAAUCUCCAUCCAAGUCUAAAAAGAGGAAGAAAAGAGACUUAAAUUCCUCAGAUGUUGAACAACUAGAUGACAAUACCAAAACACGUAAUUCCUUUGUGAUGAAGCUUUUUGAUCGUAGUGUUGAUCUUGCUAACUUCCGUGCUAAUGCACCACUCUACCCUGUUUGUCGUGCUUGGAUGGAUAAUACCCCAAAUGCUAAGACACCAAAGAUAGACUUGUCACCAUCACCAGAACCUUUACCUGAUUCAGAUAUGUCUGAGAAUGGACUCAUUUAUAGGCUACCAUCUCCAAGUAAGACUGGGAGUGAGAUGACUGAAGAACUUUCAAGAGACCCUAGAAUACCAUCACCUGUACCACAGCCUCAAGAAACCUUAGAUAUACAUGCAGGCUAA